AUGUCCACCGAUCUAGAAUUCUUACACGACUUGUCGAAAAUACCACGACUCACGGUGGAGACUAAAGCGACGGCACAAGCAUCCAACGAUAUCGCCGACGAUAUUGGUACAGGCGUACUCGUUGAACCAAAAAAGGAGGACGACAACGAGUGCUGCCGGACCCCGACAUCCAAGGAGCAUAGAAUUCCCGAGAUCCUAGAUUGUCCCCCGGCGCCUCGGAAACCCAGAAGGGUACCCGCGUGCAAAAGAAAACUAUCCGAGCUAAAGUUCUUCGAGAUCGUGAACCCUGAAGAGGUCGAUGCGUUUUUCAGAUCGAGCUUUGAGAACGUAUCCGCUAUUACGUCCGUCAAGAGGCGGAGCAGGAUUCAGGGAGUAGAGACUUUAGAUCAGUACCUGGACAGCAACAAUCUCCAUAUGCGCGAGAUCGAGAUGUAUCUACGAUAA